AUGUACCCCGCCACCGCCCUCAUCGCCGCUAUUGCCCUCUCCGCGUCCUCGGUCAGCGCCUUCUCUUCGGGCUGCCAGGACGAGUGCACGGCGUUCUGGGCGCUCUCCUGCCCGACCAACGACCAGACCUGUCUCUCGACCUACUGUUCCUCCAAAUCAUACGACCUCUACGAGGGGUGCUUCGCGUGCUGGGACGCCAACCCAGACGUCAACUCCAAGACGACAGAAAAGUCCCUCAUCUACGAGUACAUCUGCAACCUCGUCGACCUGUGCAACCUGCGCAAGAGUCCCAUCCCGGGCCCGGCGCCUAGCAACAUUGGCUGUGCGGGUGGUGCGGGUACUGCGGCUGCUACUGGUGCUUCGACUGGUGGCUCGUCGGCUGGCGGCGGCGGCGGCGGUGCGGCAGUCGUCUCGUCUACGACUGCUGCUGGGAGCGGCGGCGCGGCCUCGCCCUCGGCGUCGAAGAAGAGCGCGGCUGGGCUUGCUGCUUCUGUCGGAGCGGCCGUGUUCGUCGGCGCUGGCAUCGCUGCCGCCGUCUAUGCUUAG